CCGCACAAUGCGCAUAUUCCUAGGUGGCGUCAAGGGCCAUGCCACGCUUCCUAGAACUUCAUCUCCACGGAUUUCCUGGGAAUGCCGGUGGUGAUGAGUGGUUAGUGUGGCACGCGGCUUGGGAUGCGCGCGGACCACACCAGGAUCAACUAGCCCGUUUAAAGGCCGGGAAUGUGGUGUCUAGGAGAGCACCGUGGGCUGCUAUGCUUCUGUCCCCUUCAGGUGCUUACUGCCAUCUCUCGGUCCCCCACCUGGAACAUGCACCUCCUGGUAACAGAUACAUCUCUCACUGUCUCCAGGCAGCAGAAGUCCCUCUGAGAAUGGAGAGAUAAGACGCUGUUCUUUCAGGCCUUUGUGAGAGAAAGCUGUGUCCCCAGCCCCCCAACACGUCCCAAUGGAUCGCAACAGAGAGGCUGAGAUGGACCUGAGGAGAGGGCCCAGCCCAUGCAGGGCCAGCAGGAGCCAGGAGGUGGAUGGGGACAAGGCUGCAUGCCACAGCUGUUGCAUCUGUGGCAAGAGCUUCCCUUUCCAGAGCUCACUGUCGCAGCACAUGCGCAAGCACACAGGAGAGAAGCCCUACAAGUGUCCCUACUGUGACCACAGGGCAUCCCAGAAGGGCAACCUCAAGAUUCACAUUCGGAGCCAUCGCACAGGGACUUUGAUUCAGGGACAUGAGCCAGAGACGGGUGAGGCACAGCUGGGUGAGAUGCGUGUGUCCGAGGGCCUGGAUGGGUGCGCCAGCCCUACGAAAAGCACGUCAGCCUGCAACCGCAUUCUGAAUGGGGCAGCGCAAGUGGACAGCAGCAAGAUCCUGCUGAGGAGCAGCCGGAAGGAAGCAGAAGGAGCAGCUAAUGCUGCAGAGGCUGAGGCUGCGACCCAGUGCUCUUUCUGCAAGAGCCAGUUCGAGCGGAAGAAGGAUCUGGAGCUGCACAUACACCAAGCCCACAAGCCCUUCAAGUGCAGGCUGUGCAGCUACAUGACCUUGCGGGAGGAGUCACUGCUGAGCCACAUAGAGCGGGAUCACAUUACUGCACAGGUGCCCAAUGGUGGUGAGGCCUGCGUGGAAAAUGGCAAGCCUGAGCUGAGCCCCGGAGAAUUUCCCUGUGAGGUGUGUGGCCAGGCCUUCAGCCAGACCUGGUUCCUGAAGGCGCACAUGAAGAAGCAUCGGGGCUCCUUUGACCAUGGCUGCCAUAUCUGUGGUCGUAGGUUCAAGGAGCCGUGGUUCCUCAAGAAUCACAUGAAGGCACAUGGCCCAAAGACAGGCAGCAAGAACAGGCCCAAGAGUGAGCUUGACCCCAUUGCGACCAUCAACAAUGUGGUCCAGGAGGAGGUCAUUGUCGCAGGCCUGUCCCUCUACGAAGUCUGCACCAAGUGUGGAAACCUGUUUACAAACCUGGACAGCUUGAAUGCCCACAAUGCCAUACAUCGCAAGGUUGAAGCCAGCCGGACCCGUGCCCUGGCUGAGGAAGCUGCCACUGAAAGUCCCCUGGACACCAAGCAGUUCUUCUUACAGUGCCUGAACCUGAGACCAUCAGUCACUGGUGACAUGUCCCCUGGUGGGCAGGCUGGAAGGCGUGUGGCGGAGCUGGACCCUGUCAACAGCUACCAAGCCUGGCAGCUGGCCACCAGAGGCAAGGUGGCCGAGCCAGCUGAGUACCUCAAGUAUGGGGCCUGGGACGAAGCGCUGGCUGGGGAUGUGGCCUUUGACAAGGAGCGGCGUGAGUACAUCCUGGUGAGCCAGGAGAAGCGCAAGCGUGAGCAGGAUGCAUCGACCACACAGGGCCCCCCAAGAAAGAGGGCAAGCUUGCCUGGGGACCCCAUGCUAUCUGGCCACUUUGACCCCCGGCCAGCUGCACGCACCAACCGCCGGGCCGCGGCUUCUGCUGGCCAUGGCAAGUCCUCCGAGUGCUUUGAGUGUGGCAAGAUCUUCCGCACCUACCACCAGAUGGUGCUGCACUCCCGAGUACAUCGCCGUGCACGCCGAGACAGGGAUUCCGAUGGGGAUAGGGUGGCACGUGCCCGCUGUGGCUCACUCAGCGAGGGCGACUCAGCCUCCCAGCCCAGCAGCCCUAGUUCAGCCUGUGCUACUGUCGACUCUCCAGGCUCUGGCCUGGCUGAUGAGGUUGCUGAUGACAGCGGUGAAGAGCCCUUGCCUGAACCAGCAUCAGGGGGACAGCCGAGGCGCUGCUGCUCUUCUGAAGAGGUAGCAUCAACUGUGCUCUCCAACGGAGACCAGAGUCACAAACUUGGAAAUAAUCCUCCAAGAAAAGACACCAGCGAGUCCAAGGUGGGAAUUGCGACUUCUGUGUCCAUACUUGAAAACAGUAGCAGAGAGACUUCCAAACGUCCUGAACAACAUAGAUUUUCUCUUGACUUAAAGAUGCCAGCAUUUCACCCCAAGCAGGAGGUGCCCAGCUCUAGUGAUGGUGUGGACUUCCCUUCGAAUACAGAAGGAGCUGACCUGCAGCUCACAUUGGAGAGCCAGGCUGGUCAUCCUAAAGACAAGCUGUCCGAUUUGCACAAUAAGGAGCAUUCUGGGGCAGGAAGGAGUGCGCCAGCCCCAGAUCUGGUCCCUCUAGAUUUAAGUGCAAGGUCGACCCGGGAUGACUCCAGCAAUAAGGAAGUGGCCACCUCCCUGCAAGCUGCUCUGGUCAUUCACCCGUGUCCUUAUUGUAACCACAAGACCUACUACCCGGAGGUCUUAUGGAUGCACAAGCGCAUCUGGCACAGGGUCAGCUGCAACUCCAUGGCCCCCCAGUGGAUUCAGCCCAACGGUUACAAGAGCUUAAGAAGCAACUUGGUUUACCUUGCCCGGAGUGGACGAACGGGGCCUCCACCUGUCCUCGGGGGCAAAGAGUGCCAGCCCCUGCUCCUUGCUCGCUUCACCCGCACUCAAGGGCCAGGUGGGGCGCCUGGACCCAAAGGCAGCUCUUCUCCCCUGGGAGUGACCACGAAAGCGGCUAGCAUGCCUAAGAAUAAGGAGAGCCAUUCCUCCGGCCCCUGUGCACUGUGGGCAUCUGGCCCCGACGGGUAUCGGCAGACCAAACAUAGCCAAGGCCAGGAACCCUCCAGUGCUUCAGUGCAGGGGCCUCUGGCCAAACCCAAACUGGAGGCCAGCUCCAAGCCAGCAUCUGCCCAGGGCAGCGGAGGCCUUGGCAGGAGUGCCACCCCCACACCCUCUGUUAUAACUCGGGUGGGUGCCCAGCCCUUGGGCAGCAGCAAGCCAGUGGAGAAUUUUGGGGUUCCAUUGGCGGGGACUGGCUUUGCUCCUCCAAAUAAGCACAGUGCCCCGGACUCCCUGAAAGCCAAAUUCAGCCCUCAGCCUCAGGGUCAGCCUCCUGCGAAAAGCGAAGGGAGCCCUCCUCUACCUCCCCGUGAGCCCCCCUUGAAGGCGGCCCAGGAGCUGAGGACACUGGCCACCUGUGCUGCGGGGUCUAGAGGGGAUCCAGCGUUGCAGGCCCAGCCUGGGAUGGCUGGGGCGCCCCCCGUCUUACACUCCAUGAAGCAGGAGCCAGUGGCUGAGGGCCACGAGAAGCGCUUGGACAUACUCAACAUCUUUAAGACAUACAUUCCAAAGGACUUUGCUACACUCUAUCAGGGCUGGGGUGUCAGCAGUCCCGGGCCAGAGCACAGAGGGACACUCCGGACACAGGCCCGCCCGGGAGACUUCAUCUGCGCUGAGUGUGGGAAGAGCUUCCACCAGCCCAGCCACCUCAGGUCCCACAUGCGAGCGCACACAGUGGUGUUUGAGUGUGAUGGUCCUCGAGGUUCUGAAGUUCACACAGCCUCCAUGGAUGCCCCCAAACAAAUCACAGAAAGUGGUGCAGUCCUCCUGUUGCAUGGAAGACAGCACCUGCUGGACUCCCGUGGCCAGAGACUCUCCUUGCACUCCUUCUUUAGAACAAGACCACCUAUCCUGAACACAAGGUUCAAACCCUGUUGUAGACAGAAGAAGGAAAUUCUAUACAGCAGCAACAACAGCAACAACCACAACCACAGGUGAGGACUUCCAGCAAUGACCAGGUCCUUGUUUGCCAUGGUUCAUGCAAACGCCAGAGCCCUAGGACAUGCCUGAGUGGAGUG